AUGCAGCAUGAAAGUAAGAGCCCUAGUCCGAGCCUGCAGCAUGAAAGUAAGAGCCCUAGUCCGAGCCUGCAGCAUGAAAGUAAUGUCCCAAAGGGCCCUAGUCUGAGACUGCAGCAUGAAAUUAAUGUCCCAAAGGGCCCUAGUCAGAGCAUGCAGCAUGAAAGUAAUGUCCUAAAGAGCCCUAGUCCGAGCCUGCAGCAUGAAAGUAAUGCCCCAAAGAGCCCUAGUCAGAGCAUGCAGCAUGAAAGCAAUGUCCCAAAGAGCCCUAGUCCGAGCCUGCAUCAUGAAAGUAAGAGCCCGAGUCCGAGCCUACAGCAUGAAAGUAAUGCCCCAAAGAGCCCUAGUCAGAGCAUGCAGCAUGAAAGUAAUGUCCCAAAGAACCAUAGUCCGAGCCUGCAGCAUGAUAGUAAUGUCCCAAAGAGCCCUAGUCUGAGUAUGCAGCAUGAAAGUAAUGUCCCAAAGAGCCCUGGUCCGAGCCUGCAGCAUGAAAGUAAUGUCCCAAAGGGCCCUAGUCAGAGCAUGCACCAUGAUAGUAAUGUCCCAAAGAGCCCUAGUCAGAGCAUGCAGCAUGAUAGUAAUGUCCCAAAGAGCCCUAGUCAGAGCAUGCAGCAUGCUAGUAAUGUCCCAAAGAGCCCUAGUCCGAGCCUGCAGCAUGAAAUUAAUGUCCCAAAGAGCCCUAGUUCGAGCCUUCAGCAUGAUAGUAAUGUCCCAAAGAGCCCUAGUCAGAGCAUGCAGCAUGAUAGUAAUGUCCCAAAGAGCCCAAGUCAGAGCAUGCAGCAUGCUAGUAAUGUCCCAAAGAGCCCUAGUCCGAGCCUGCAGCAUGAAAGUAAUGUCCCAAAGAGCCCUAGUCCGAGCCUGCAGCAUGAAAGUAAUGCCCCAAAGAGCCCUAGUCAGAGCCUGCAGCAUGACAGUAAUGUCCCAAAGAGCCAUUGUCAGAGCAUGCAGCAUGAAAGUAAUGCCCCAAGGAGGAACUGGAUCCCUGACUGGAGGUAUCAAGAGAAAGGUUCCAUUCAAAAAGGAUUUGGAAAUUUUUAA